UCACGUUGUUGUGAGCAUGCGCAGCACCUACACAUGUUAUUUUGGAUUAAAAUACGUGUUUAGCUAAAAAGUUAUGUGUUAGUGUGUUCGCCGCGUGGUUUAUUUUGUUUAUUUUCACAUAUGUAUUUAUCAUGUAUGUGUUGGUUUAGGACUUUGGCGACAACAACUUUAAUUUAGCUGCAGAGUUUCUUGAGAUAAAAGUAGAUUUUUCAAGACAUCUAGCUAGUCAGCUAGCUAGCAGCAUGGCAGCUGUAGUGGGGCUAAUCGCUGGCUGCUACGAGCAGAUCACGUUCGGUUACAAAGUAAAAACUGAAGAAAAAGAGUGGACAGCCAUACCUGACUUUACCCAUCAUGCUCACACAGCUUCAGUAUCAACUGUGGCAACCAGUGAGAGGUUUGUGGUCACAGGAAGCAAAGAUGAAACCAUCCAGGUGUACGAUAUGAAAAAGGGAAUCGAGCAUGGAGCCUUGCUGCAUCAUAACGGCAGCAUCACCUGCCUUGAGUUUUACGGGACAUCUUACUUACUGAGUGGAGGAGAAGACGGACUCUUGUGUGUGUGGAGCACAAAGAAGUGGGAGUGUGUAAAGUCCAUCAAAGCUCACAAAGGUCAUGUCACAUCACUGUCUGUACAUCCAUCUGGAAAACUUGCUCUGACAGUAGGGACGGACAAGAGUCUGAGAACCUGGAAUCUCAUUAAAGGAAGAUCGGCUUUUAUCAAAAACAUCAAACAGAAUGCACACAUAGUGAGAUGGUCUCCAGAUGGGGAUAGAUAUGUGGUUGUGCUCAAUGAUAAAAUGGAUAUUUACAAGUUGGAGACGGCCUCUGUGACGGGAACAGUCACAAACCCAAAGAGGAUCUCAUCCAUAAAGUUCUUAAAUAACGCCAUCCUGGCUGUCGCAGGAGAUGAUGAAACUGUGAGGCUGUGUGAUGUUGGAAAAGCUGAAUGGCUGUGUGAGUUCAAGGCUCAUGAAACCAGAGUGAAAGCAGUGGAUAGCUUUAUUAUGGAGGAUUACUGUGUGAUGGUGACGGCUUCAAAUGAUGGUUUCAUCAAAAUGUGGAAACUCCACCUUAAAGAGCAGGAGCUGAAUCCUCCUGUCCUUCUGGGUGAAGUUAACGCAGCAGCUAGACUGACGUGCCUCGCUGUCUGGAAGCCUUCAUCAGGGCAGCAGGUUGCUGAGGAAAAGUCUGCGGCAACAAAAUCUCAAGAACUUGCUCAGGGAGUUGCAAAGACAAAGAGAGUUCGAAUCGCCACAGAAGAAGUCAUUCUAGAGGAUGAGAGCAAACCUAAAAAGAAGAAAAGAGACAAAGGAAAAAAAUCUGUCAAAUAAUAAAAAUUUUUCCUUACAUGUACUUUUUAUUUCAAAUUGUUCUGCCAAAUAUAUCUUGGCAUUAUGUGGCUCUCAUCUGGAGCUACAGUGGAAUACAGAUUUUAUGAAUUUGAUUUUUCUUUUUUUUCCACUGAAGUUGUACAAACAUGCAUGUUUUGGCUCUAAAAAUAAAUUUCAAUUUGUUGCAAUUUAA